AUGCUGGAGGAUCUGGGCCACAUGGGCACGCCCAGCUCCACCGGAUUGAUGAUCUCCCGUGCCACAGUGCAACGGGCACUGGAAGAUGACUCUCCCCUCUUCUUGGAUGACUGGAGGAGCUAUGAUGGCCGCUAUCACCAGCCGCAGCGCUUCUUUCGACGCCUGGAAGACCUGGAGGGCGCCCUGAUCUCGUGCGAUGCCUGGGCCAUGGAACCCGGGGAGUAUCUCACGCGCUACGCCGCGCUCACGGGUGACUUUGAAGGUCUAAGGUUCACAGUGGAUGGAGUGCGUCCUCGCUGCUGGCGUGACGUUUGGUGGCUGGCGCCCGCGUGCCGGAACAGCACGGACUGCUUCCCCUGCUUGACGGGCUCCGCAAGUGGCUACAAUGUGAUUCUUGCGGAGGAGGUGAUGCAGAAGGCCGCAUUUUGGCAUAUGCCACUGGCCUUGGGUGUGGCCCACUACAACGGCUCCUCGGACUUUUCCUCCUUGGUGCUCUCACAAAGAGACGUGUUGUUCAUGUUCUGGGAGCCUUCGGUGGAGUUCCAAGCGGUCGAUCCUAUGUUCGUGAGGUUCCCCGACUUCAAUGAGACGCAGUGGGCUUUCAACGUGAUGGCCAGCAAGAGGGAGGCGACCUGGCCGAUCACCGUGGUGAGCAAUGAAUUGGCGCAGCUCGCGCCCGACGUCCGCGUCCUGCUGCAGCGGAUGCUCUUGUCGUUAGAGGAUCUGAACCAGAUGCUCCAGUUCAGCUACGACUCCCUGGAGAGAUUCGAUCGUUGCUUCUCCUGCGCCGCUCGCAGCGGCGCCUGCCAGUGGCUCCGAGCGCAGGGCACGGACGCGAUUUGGAAGCCUUGGAUCCCCAAGAAGGGCGCGUGCUUCGCCGGUCAAGGCAUGUACUCCAUCACCGAACGGCGCUUCGUGGGCAGCCGCGGCGACGACGUGAUCUGCGUGGCUUGCACCGCGGGGCGCUUCAGUCGACUGGUGCAGGACGAAAUGGGGGACACCGCCGAUUGCCGCCCUUGCGCGAAGGGUUACUUUCAGCCAUCCAGCUCGGCAGUGAGUUGCGACCCCUGCCCCAUGGGACGCUUCGCCGCGAGCGCCCGCAGUGCCUACUGCGAGUCCUGCCCCAUAGGCACAUACCAGGCGAAGGAGGCCUCAAGUGCUUGCGUGGAUUGCCCCAUCGGGAUGACCACGUGGGGCUUGGAAGCUUUCAGUUUCUUCUUCUGCACUUGCCAGGAGGGCUGGUAUCGAAUUGGACUCGAGUCCAACUGCUCGGAAUGCCCCGCGGGGAUGCACUGCCCAGGCGAAGCCUUCCUGCCCCAGCAAAAGGCGGGGUUUUGGGCCUACACCACCAACCUCAUCCAGCGAGACCCCAACGUCGCCGUCGUCAGUGUGGGCUCGCUGGGCAGCAGCGGUGUGUUGUAUGGUCCACCCUACUCGGUCUACCAAUGCCGCAAUGAGCUGCAAUGCCCUGCUGGUGAAGUGAUGACAUGCGCGAAGAACCGCAUUGGUCAGGCAUGUGGCAGUUGCAUGAAAGGGCAUUCGGCGCAGUUUGAUGGCACGUGCAAGAUCUGUGACGGAGAGUCGCUGUGGCCUGUCUUUCUGAUGCUCUUCGUGUCCUUGGCCUUGUUGCCCUUGAUCGUGGCGGCAGGGCUCAUCAUGACGAAGGCACGACGGACGGCCUUGAGCGUCUUCAUGGUCAGUCUGAUCUUCGGACAGAUCGUGGUGUGUUUGCAGGGCCUGGAUGCGAUCUACCAGUUGGAUCUCACGUGGAAGGACCCGGCCAAGGCCAUCUUGGCUGCCCUCGCUGUCUUCAAUUUGGACCUGGAGUUCAGCUGCUUGCUGCCGCCACAAAGUUAUACGGUAGAAUAUGUCUUGAAGCUCCUGGCCUAUCCGGCUGUGGUGUUCAUCACCUUCCUGGCAUGGUUGAGCACCCGAUGUAGCAAACAUGCGGUGCCCUUCAAUGCCUUUGUGAACGUCCAUGGCCUUUUUGUGGUGGCACUCCUGACCGCUUUGUCACUCACUGUCGUGCGCCCCCUCCAGUGCCGCAGCAAUCCGAAUGGGCUCUUUACUGUCUCUUCCAGGCCAGACCUGACAUGCUGGGAGACUGAAGAACAUCAAACUUUAGUGGUUUUCGUCUCCAUCGGCAUCUUGGCCUAUCCCGUGACCAUCCUCAGCUGCAUCGCUUACCUCACCAGGAAGUAUCCGAUCUGGCUACGCUCGGGUGGUGGGAUCAAGGUCAUGGAACGGUACCGCUUUCUUUUUGCUCGCUUCCGCCCAGAGCGCUACUACUUCGGGUUGAUUCUCUCGGUGCACAACUUGACGGUGGCCGUGAUCCCUGCGGCUUUGGUGGCCUUUCCGGCGCUGCAGGUGGGCAUCAUGGGCUGUGUGAUUUGUUCCAAGCUCGUUGCACAGAUCCUCCUCUGGCCUUGGAGAAUGGACCUGGCCAACUACAACGACGCGGCGCUGUCCGCCGGGCUCAUGACCAUCUUGCUCCUAGCCUCGCCACUCCUGAACAUCGACCAGGGGCAGACACGGCAGUCAGUGGCGGUGCUCCUGAGCUGCGUGAUGAUCUUGCUGCCGCUGGUGGCCAUUUUCAUCGCCUUUGCCGUGGUCCUGGCCAGGUUACGGCCGCAGAGCAAGUUCGGUGCCUUCUUGUGCCACCAUAAGGCGGGUGCCGGUGCGCUGUGCCGCUUCUUCAAGCUGGUGGCGAAGAAGUACGUCAACAUCAAUCUCUUCCUGGACUCCGACGAGCUGGAUGACCUUGCCAGGAUCUUUGACAUCGUCAAGGCGGACACCCGAAGCUUGGUUGUGGUGCUGACCAGCGAACUUCUACAUCGUAUGUGGUGUGCUGGGGAGAUCGCCACGGCGCACAAGCACCAGAUUCCCAUCAUCCCCCUGUACUGCGAUGACUUCGGCUUUCCGGAUGCUUCCUGCAUUGCCACCAUGGAAUCCGUGUGGAGCGAGGAGCAACGAGGGACACUGGUGUCCCAUGGGAUUUCCAUGGAAGACAUCAAGGCAGCCUAUCGCUCCCUGCGCACGCUGCCGGGCGUGGAUUUGAAGCGUCGCUGGUCUUUGGAAGCGCAAGAGGACGCCGUGUUGCAGGUCCUCACCGCCGUUUACGAGCGCGGUCCUCGGGUGGAAGUGGCGACAGCACCCAGCGUGAAGAGCGCCAAGGUCUUGGUCUGUGUGACGGAAGAAGCAGAGGCGAUCUCUGCUGGGUUCAUCCUGCAGCAGAUGGUUCAAACCAAACUACAGACCGUGACCUUUUUGGCACGCACCCCGGAAGAUGUCUUUGAGAGUGCUUCCUUUGCCCUCGUGAUCUUGAGUAAGGGCAUCCUCGAGGACUGUGGCUUUGCGCAGAUCUUACUGGCCAUUCGAAGGGCCUCGGUGGCGCUGGUCCCCGUGAACGAUGGCAGCUUCGACUUUCCGGGGCUCGAAUUCUACCAGCAGGUGCAGGAGGGGAACCUGGUGAUACCAGGCCUUGCUCCCAAUCAGGGGCCACCCCUUGCGCGCGCCUUUCAGGCGCUGCUGAGCAUUUUGGCGUUGCCCAUGACGCCACAUGCCUCCAUUGGCAUCCUGGAAAGGCAAGUCGACCAGAUUUGUCAGCGCUUUGGGAACUGGGACGAUGUCGUGGAGAGGUCGUCGUCGGUGAAGUCGAGCUCCCGGCGUCCGAUGAGCGAGUUGGAGGACGCCAUGGAGGAGGAGAUGAAGGAGAUCGGCGGUUGUCAGCCUGGCGAGAUCAUGACGAUUUUGUUCAAGCAAUGA